AUGAAUAAAAUUGAUUUAUCCAGAAAGGUGAGAUUUAUAAAGGCAUAUAUUUAGAGAUCCUAAAAAAUGCUCAAGUAAGAUACUUGCUUAAAGAGUAGUAUUUGGAUGAUGAACUACUAGAGUGGUUUGAUUACAAUAUUUAAUAGGCUUGGAGGUAAAUUAUCAUUGAAAUAAAUAAAAUUAAUCAAAUUUAUAUAAACAUCCAAUACAAUACAAAAACUAAUUUUAGUUUAAGCUCUACAAAUAGCCUCUACUGAAUCCUUCAUUAGAUUAUAUUUAUUAAGAAACUAUUUUAUUGGGCAUGGAUUUGCAUAUUCGGGUUUAGAGGUUUUUGUAAUAGAAUUGAAAAUGUUUUAAUUAAUUUAGAAUUGCCAACCACAUAAAAUCAAGAAUUAAUAGGAUAUUCAUAGGGUCUAAAUAUAAAAACGAGUCUGCAAUUACAUGUAAUAAUAAUGA